AUGUCGAGAAAAACACUUGAUAAUUUUGUAAAAACCAAUUUGGUGGCCGAAGUAGACCCCCUGGAAUGUCCUUUUCGAGAAUUUCGGGAUAAUGAAUUACACUCCGAUGCCUGGGGAUUGAGUACAGCAGCCUUCAGAACACAUGCUUUAUACGUCAAAAUGGCGGUAAAACCGCCCCACGACGGCCCCGGGCACGUGUGGGUGGACGACCAGACCCAACCCCUGCCGAGGUCAGUUCGGCAGUACUUGCAUGGAUGGAUAAGAGCCGAAGAAUUAGCAAACGAUCGUUGGGAUGCCGAAGUAGUUAUUUAUGAGGAAAACAAUGGAGGCAGAAUGUCAAUAGUUGAUAUGCAGCUGAGUCACGCUCAAGUCCUGAUGAGAUCCUCAUUCUGCAGACGUGUGCUGUCCGCAUGUUUCAUACUGGAAAGGGUCGAAGGACUUAUUGUGGAACAUCAAUGGGAGAACUUUGUGUGCAGCUUUUCUCCAGAAGGGUGGAGAGCGAAGUAUCACAUCUAUUCUCCUGGUACUAGGGCGGGAGGUGGAUUAACUCAUAAACCAGGUCUCUCAAAAAAUGGUUGCUAUCUCGUCCGUCUUUACUACCUUGGAGCGUGGCGUUGUGUGUGGGUCAGUGAUCAAGUGCCAGUGGAUGCUAUAGAGUCUCCUCUGCUUCCAUUCUCGCCGCUUCUGACCCACGCACCGGCAUCCAAACCGAAGCAGGCCCCGGCGACGGUGACCGCCAGCGUGGUGUAUUUGUGGCCUCUGCUUCUUUGCAAGGCGCUGCUCAAGUUGGCUGCUCCUGACAUGAAUUCGGAUGAAGAAUCGGAUGUUGUUGAAGACGAAUCAUUACCAGAACUUAACAUCUUUCAUGCCCUUACAGGAGCUAUGGACAUGAGAUACCUUGUUGAAGAUAAGGAAACUCUUUGGGGCCUCAUCACGAGAGAGGUGCAGGUGUUCUCGUGGGAUGACGAUGAUGAGACUCAGCCCAGUACCAUCAAGUCUAGAAGCACUAAGAAACCAACUGCAAGGGACGCAGCUGCUGUCAGACGGCCGACCAUGACGUAUAUCGUGAUUAAAGACACUGAGCAUCUACCUUCCUACUAUCUGCCUGGCAUAACUCCUGGACACGAGAUGAGUCUGCUAGUCAGUAUGGCAAGAGAUCUACCUCUCAAAAAGCCUUUGCCUGAACCAGAGGUGGCGUUAUGGAAGUACUACCGCUGGGUGGACUGGGCUCGUAGACACGGCCUGUAUGAGGCUUACGACUGUCCUCGAACCAAGUUCCUGAAGUGCAACGGUCUUAUGAAAUUAUCCCAUGCCCCUCACCUUUUGGAUGUUCAGAGUACGGAGUCGAUAACUCUUGGUUUCAUUGAAGAACAUGUGAAGAGCGGGACUGGGGGAGAUGAACCGAGAAAGAAGGAAAAAAAACUGAGGGAACUAACGAAAUCAGCGAUACAAGCUGCGAACUUAGCAAUGCAGGCGCUAAAGGAAGAACUAAGGGAAUGGGUGCAGUUUGAUAUGGUUGCAACUUUAGUAAAUGCCAUCCACGUGAUUUACUACCCUUCGAUGUAUCAAAGCACAUCAGCCGGUAGCAAUCCUCCUCUACGAAUCACAAAAUCUGCUAACCAACGACUUUCCGACAUAGUUGCACCGAAAGCAGCACCACUUUACCUUCAGAUUGAUGGACCUGAGGGUAACAAACUAAGGCUGUCCUUGAGUACCAUGCAUCCUAGAGUUCUACUCAAUACGGGAACAGCUGUAGAGGAUUAUAUAGAGUCAGCUUAUGUUAUUGUGGAGAGAUUUGAGUGGUUCGUUGACACUGCGGUACCUAUACCUAAGGCUUACGUCAAAACACGAGGGUAUGAGACUGUUGAAGUGGAUUUUCAGCCUGGAAGACACUUUUGUAGGAUCUGGACUCAUUCUCGAAUGAAUUGGCAUAUAAUGCUUAUCAGUGAUUCGUCACUACUCGUUGGCACCAGAGAUGUAAUUCAAGGGGCUGCGGUCCGUGAAUGCCCUUGGGCGUCCAGGUUCCUAUUAGGUCUUGGAGCAGCCUUCAAUAACUGGAUCAAAAUCAAUCGGUCAAACACAAAUCUUGCCCAGCAAGCCGACAAAGAGUUUUUCAGGUCUUAUCUUCCGGACUUAACCUGGGAUAACAAGGUUGUGGGCUACGACCGAUCUCUACUCCACUGGAUGUUCAGGCAAGCUCUUCAAACCCAUCUGUCCAGAAGGUUAGGUCACACAGAGAUGAAAGUGACUUGUAACGUUUUGAGGAAAUAUUUUUGCGAUCCCGAUUUUGGGUUUCCUACUAAACCGUUGCCUCCUAGAUCUUUGAGGGAAAUUGUUAAUAUGGAUAUUUGUGACUGUAUUAUGCCUGAACCUGAACAAGUAGAGAUGGUAGAAGAGCAGCUUGGAGAAGUAGAACAGGUCGAAGAGAAACCCAUAGUAGAACCUGAAGUUAUGGAAAAGCUAUUAAAGGAGCCAGAACCUCCGAUAUUUUCUCAAGUUUGUGAGCUGGCGACAGAGGAGGUGCCUUGUGGUUUACUAAAAGAUGAAAGAGAGAAAGUUAUAAGGAAACACGAGGCGGCUACUGUGUUACAAGCUCAUUGGAGGGGAACGUGGGCGAGGAAAUGUUUGAAUUCAAAAGCAACAUUUACACCCGAUGUUAUGAAACAUAUUCAAGAACACGCUUUUGGAAACAUGGAUGCACUAUCGGGUCUUAUGAACGAAUUCUUCGGAAUGUACCCUGGAGCGAAGUAUGCUUAUUCUGUGGCUUCGGCUCUCAGUGGAGUGUACGGUUUAGCUCAACACAGUGGGCUUACUCCAGUGACUCCUAAAUGCAAGUGGAUCCCCUUUUUUCAAGGAGUUUUUUAUUGCCAUGCUUACGUCAAAGUCCAUUUUGAUGUUAUCAGCAGCGUACCUCAUUGCACAUUAGCUGUGUAUGAUAACGAUACUGGACAUCAACUACCUCAAGCUUACAACACUCAUAUCACCUUUGAUUUUCAUCCGAAUUUUCUUGGCUACACGGUCAUGGGGCACGGUACGCUUAGCCAAGUCUCGGGUAUUCAUUUUGAUGCCCACUGGCAGCUUACUGUCAUGUCUUGUUUCGAGGGAGCUUUCCACAUCUGUGAUAACGAGGACCCUUGUAGGGAACUAUCUCUACCUCAUGCUUCUAAGCUACACGUUGACGAAAUAUUUUUGCCAAAUAGAAGAAAUAUUCUGGGAGGAAUUCAGAUUUCUGUCACCAAGCAUGAGUCAGUUGGUUUCAGAGUAUCUGCAACGUCACCUGAUUUAGAAAUGGUAGCAACGCUACGGACAGUAACACACGAAGGUCACAGUGAAAUAUUAUCAAAAUGCACGGGUAAAGGUGAAAUUCAUUGGCCAUACAUUCGCUUGGAACCCACACCUACAGCUGUACAUAAAACGCGAUCCAUGUCCCACGGUAAUGUAGGUCAGCAGUACGCGUUGACAAGUGCUCGAUCUUUAAACAAAGCAGCUAAGACAAGAACUGCUGCUAGUUCCAGGAACCGAUCAGUCACAAAGUUACCAAGAUCUAUAAUCCAGGAGCCAAAAAUAUAUUCUAUCGAGGUCGUCUGUCCCAUGGGAUGGCCAUUGACUUUAGCCCAAUGGAAACGAGUGGACGAAGUUCGUAACUCUCCAGACUUUGCGAAAGUUGAAGCUCCCGUAAAGAAGCCUGCUGCCAAACCUGAAAAGGCGGUGAAACCAGGUUCAGCUAAAGACAAAGACAGAGACAAAGAAAAAAAAGAGGAAAAGCUGCCGGUGCAAUUCACGCAGAAUCCUCCACAACCUGGCGAUGCUUUUGUGGAAUUGGAAUGUGCUUUGGCUAUCAAUAGUGGUGCGACGGCGAAAAGAGAAGAUGAUCGGGACUUGGAGUUUACUGCAGCAAAAAAGGCUUGGGAUGCAAAGGAGCACGGGAGAAACCUAAGAGGUGCUCAAAUCAGGUCAGUGGGACAGUUCAAGGUUAGGUUGGAAAAACGAAGAAAACUAUUGUUUCUUCUGAUUUCAUUCUCAUGUCGUUUUAGAAAAGAGUUCCGCACUGAAUUUAUGGUGGUCCCGCCGCCUAUUAAAUCGGAAAGCCACGUCAGCACCGCCGAUGCUGAAACUACGAUUUUCGAUGAAAUGGUUGGGGAAGAAGACAAAGGAAAACAUGAAGAAGACGUCCCCCCUCAAGGACCGUCGCCUGCCUCGGAAAGUGGAUUAAUGGAAAUGUCAGUCGAGAGUGAGGAAGAAGCCAGUUACCUGGCUAUGCCUGAACAGCUUCGGGACAAAUUCAUUCCUCUGUUCUUCCUGCCUUUCUGCAUGAAGGAUAAAAAUGAAGAAGAAAGUGUACUAGUAACUUCUGAUAUGGCUGAAGCUGCUAAGAAGGACAGGCACGCUCGUAUCCAGGCGGCGAAAGAGCGCAUGCGUGAGCUGCAGAAAUAUAACGAGGAACACGUGUUGGGUAGGCAGAAGCACCGGUGCCACCUGCUUGAGAAACUCGCUGUGGAUGCACAUUGGUGUCCAGCAAUACAAGCUGUGCUGGAAGAGAGAGAUGAAUCUAUUGCGACGGAGAUUCUUAACCGAACUCUUUCUGCUACGAGGAAGAAGAUGGAAGCGAAGAAACUGGAGACAAAGAAAGUUGAGGCGAAGAAGAAGUAACGUAGAAUCUUCUUCCUCUGUUCCUUCUUUGUCAAUUUUUCGAUUGAGUUAAGAUAUUACGUAAGUCAGUUUAUCAGUUAUAAUAAAAUAUUGUUUUGUUAUUGUGUA